AUGGAGUGAAAGCAGCGAGAGUGGUUGCGCAGAGAAGGCUGAAACCGAUUUACAGGAGUUGCACUGGAGAGUGAGGGUCCUAGUACAUCGCAAAUAUGUCUAUUAUGUCCUAUAAUGGAGGGGCCGUCAUGGCCAUGAAGGGGAAGAACUGUGUGGCCAUCGCUGCAGACAGGCGCUUUGGUAUCCAAGCCCAGAUGGUGACCACGGACUUCCAGAAGAUCUUUCCCAUGGGUGACCGUUUGUACAUCGGUCUAGCCGGCCUCGCCACUGAUGUCCAGACAGAUCCAGAACACCUGUUUGAAACAAUCUCCCAAGCCAUGCUGAAUGCCGUGGACCGGGAUGCAGUGUCAGGCAUGGGAGUGAUUGUCCACAUCAUUGAGAAGGACAAAAUCACCACCAGGACACUGAAGGCCCGAAUGGACUAACCCUAUUCCCAGAGCCCACCUUUUUUGUUUUUUGUUUUUUUUUUGAAAUAAAAUAGGCUUUCUUUCAUUCCUG